UACAAACGCUCCCGUACAUCAAACACCAUGAAGCUCCUCACUUUGGCGACUCUUUUCACCCUGGGUACUGCCAUCCCCGUCGAGCCCCAUAUCGUCCAUCGUCAGGCUCUUCCAACUUCGCGCGACGAGCUCGAGAAUGGCAGCGCCUCAGCAUGCCCAAAGGCCAUCUUCAUCUUCGCCAGAGGUAGCACUGAGCCCGGUAACAUGGGCGACACUCUCGGGCCUGUUGUGGCCGAUGUCCUCGAGAAGAAGUAUGGAGCCGCCAACGUUUGGGUCCAGGGUGUAGGUGGGCCGUACAGGGCCGGUCUCCUGGAAAACCUGGGAGCAAAGGGAACUAGCCAGGCGUCUAUCGACGAGGCAAAGAGGUUGUUUGUGAUGGCCAGCACAAAGUGCCCCAACUCGAAAAUUGUGUCGGGUGGAUACAGCCAAGGCUCCGCUGUGAUCGCGGGGGCAAUUCCCGACUUGACAGCCGCUCAGCGCAACCAAGUCGUCGGUACCGUGUUCUUCGGAUACACUCGCAACAAGCAGAACAACGGCGGCAUCUCCAACUACCCUGCUGGAAACCUCCAAGUCUACUGUGACGACGGAAAGGACUUGGUUUGCCAGGGCACACUCCUCAUUACCGAGGCGCACUUUUCCUACGACGACGAGGCCGCCGGUGUUGCGCCGCAAUUCUUGAUCUCCAAGAUUGGCGCGUAAGAUGGAGACUUCUUCAACGACAUC